UAUUUACAUUCGUGUUUACAAUUUGCGAUUUUUAAAAGAUGUUAUUAUCGAAAUAAAUUUACUAUUAAAGAAUGUCGUCUUUUGAAGUAAAUUUAAAACAAACUUUGAGAAAAAUAGAAUAUCCAUUAUGCGCUAAAGAAGCUUUGUACAAAAUAGUUGAGUUAAUAUGUGGACGUAUAACCAGUAUAAAAAAUAUGGAUUUAGCAUUAGAUCUAAUGGCAGAGUUCGUUUUUUACGAAGUAGAUAGGAGAGGCUAUAAAAGAUCACAACCUUUAACACCCCUAUUGGAACUACAGCUUAUAAAAAUACUACACGAAUACUUUGAUAAUAUUUCUAGUGAAUCUGGAAGAAAUACCGUUUUUCUCUCAUUAUUUAGUGGAAAUACCGCGAAUUUGAGAAUCAACAUUCUCAUAAAGUUAACAUCCGUUUCAAUAGGUAUACCGUCUUCUAAAAUCUUAUCAUCUGCCAGUGCUUGGAUGCAACAAUUGGGAAAUACUUCACCGAAUAGUUGUAAACUAGCCGAGGGGAUAAUUCAAGAUUAUUUUCAUUUUUACGUUUCUAAUACUGACAAGAUUUUGGUUUUGCCCAAGAUUUCGCCACAGUUUACUGCGAACUUCUUGACUGCAGUAGCUGAAAAUUAUUUUAAUCCUUUGAAAAAAGAAGUUUUAUUCCCACCUCAAGUAUUAUUAGAAACAAUUACAUUAUGGAUAUCGCAGAAUCCAAACUUAUGUACGGCGGCCCAACAUAAACAAGCGUUGCUACCUCCUGGUGCUAUAGCCAUGGAAGCAACAACACCGAUCGCCGGUUUAUUUAGAUGGUGUAUCUUAGCACCGAUUCAUAAACAAACCAACGAUCAUUACAAUAAUCUUCACUUGGCUCUUUUGAAUAGUGUAACAAAUAUUCAAAGAACAGUUCCUCCCAAAGCUAUAUAUGCUCAACACGUGACUCAAUCGAUCAACCCCAUUUUGUCGUACGUAAACGAUCUAAAGAACAAGCAGGAUCUGAAGUUGGAUCAAAUUUUGAACGAAGACGCUCUACAACUUUGUUUAGAUCGAUUUGCUCAGGCCGUACAGAUAAUAAAUUCCGUUAACGCGAUGUACGGACAUGUAGACGAUUUGUUUUAUCAAUUGAAAUUAUUACCGUUUAAUAAAUUGAUGAAUAUUGUUAUUAAUAAUUAUAAAAAAAACAAGGUUAUUGUUAUUUGAUUAUAAUAAAUUAUUUAUAUAUUAAGUAUUUUUAUAAAUAAUAAAGAAUUCAAU